AACCAACCAAAAAGAAACCAGAAAGACAACCAUGGCUCACCGCAUGAUGUUUUUCCUCUCUUUCCUAGUAACCCUGGCAGCCAUUGAAGGCAUUCAUGCAGUUGAUUACGUGGUCACCAACACCGCCGAGAACACUCCCGGUGGGGUUCGCUUUAACAACGAGAUCGGAUCUGACUACAGCAGACAAACCUUGGUUUCUGCCACAGAUUUCAUAUGGAGGCUCUUCCAGCAAAACAAUGAUGCCGACAGAAAGAAUGUGCAGAAAGUGAGCUUGUUUAUCGACGACAUGGAUGGAGUUGCAUAUGCUAGCAACAACGAGAUCCAUGUCAGUGCGAGAUACAUCAACGGAUAUUCUGGUGAUGUGAAAGGAGAAAUCACCGGAGUGCUUUACCAUGAAAUGACGCACAUAUGGCAGUGGAAUGGUAACGGGUUGACUCCUGGAGGGUUGAUUGAAGGAAUUGCUGAUUUUGUGAGGUUGAAGGCAGUGUAUGCACCAAGUCACUGGGUGCAGCCUGGACAGGGUGAUCGUUGGGACCAAGGAUACGAUGUUACAGCUCGGUUCCUAGACUAUUGCAAUGAUCUUAGAAAUGGGUUUGUGGCGGAGUUGAACAAGAAAACGAGAAGUGAUUAUAAUGCUAACUUUUUUGUUGAAUUGCUUGGAAAGUCUGUUGAUCAACUCUGGAGCGACUAUAAAGCCAAGUAUGGAAAUUAAAAAGGGCCGAUUAAGAGUUCAUUAAUAUUAUUAUAUUUGAUGUAUCCUGUAUCAUCAUAUUUGAUGAAAUAAAUAAAAUAUCAAAAUAAAUGUUUUCAGA